AUGAACACUGGAUAUAGCACGUGGAACGACAAGGAGAUAAAGGACGCGGGGCAAAUCGACCCUUCCUUUGAUAGACACCAGGAUGCAGUAUUUCCCAGUGUUGUUGAUGUAACAGCUGCUGCAGUGGCGAAUGUUCAGCAGCAAGACCUGCAGUCACAGGCACAACAAUCACAACAGGGCCAGCAGGGCCAGCAGGGACAACAGAUCCAGCAGGGGCAACAGGACCAUCAACAGCAACAGCAACAAGAACAGCGGGCCAAUUCGCUUACUCAUCACCUACAACAUUCAGACUCACCUCCACUCCAUGACGACUUGAACGAUCAUGGAGAUAAAUUGAAAAGGAGACCAGUAUCCAAUACCAAGAGAGCUGCUCAGAAUAGAUCUGCACAGAAAGCGUUUAGACUAAGGAAAGAGAAAUAUAUUAAAGAGUUAGAAGACCAAGCAAUUGAGGUGCAGCAAUUGAAGCAGACAAUUGAAGAGCUAAGAGCGGAAAAUUUACAGCUACGUGACUAUACAUUAGCAUUACAAAGUAGGGUGAUAGAAUUAUCACCUAGCCAUCCACCACAACAGGGACAACCAGAUCACGUUCCGGCCCCACCAGCUGCUGUCUUUAACAGCGGUAAUGCCAAAAUGUUUAGCCAGGAUAAAUGA